UUUGUCCGCCGCUGGAUGAAGCCUCGGCGGAUCGCUGGCGCCAUGCAGACCCCUGAAGCAGGCGCUGACUCCACCUCCACUGUCCCUCUUCAGACCACCGUGCCUGUCCAGCCUACUGGCUCCACCCAGCAGGUGCCUGUCCAGCAGCAGGCCCAGACUGUUCAACAGGUUCAGCAUGUUUACCCAGCACAGGUGCAGUAUGUCGAAGAAAACACUGGCGUCUACACCAAUGGCAAUAUAAGAACCUACUCGUACUCAGAGCCGCAGCUGUACAGCCAGAACAGCGGGGGGAGCUACUUUGACACGCAGGGCAGCUCCUCACAAGUCUCCACCGUGGUGACGUCUCACGGCAUGACCAACAACGGAGGAGGGGGCACCGGCGUAAUGAGCAUGGGCCUGGCGGGGGGGCAGGUCAUCAGCAGCAGUUCCGGGGCUUACCUCAUGGACAACGCUGGACCCCACCCCGCCACCCAGACAGCACGAGCUUCCCCAGCCACCAUUGAAAUGGCGAUUGAGACGCUCCAAAAAUCUGAGGGUUUAUCCAGUCAGCGAAGCUCGCUGCUCAACAGCCAUCUCCAGUGGCUGUUGGACAAUUAUGAGACAGCAGAGGGAGUAAGCCUGCCGAGAUCCACCCUCUACAAUCAUUAUCUGCGCCACUGCCAGGAGCAAAAACUGGACCCCGUCAACGCAGCCUCUUUUGGAAAACUCAUCCGCUCCAUCUUCAUGGGACUCCGUACAAGACGCCUUGGGACAAGAGGGAACUCCAAAUAUCAUUACUAUGGUAUACGUGUGAAACCAGAUUCCCCACUCAACAGACUCCAAGAAGACAUGCAGUACAUGGCCCUCAGGCAGCAACCUGUUCAGCAGAAACAGAGGUUCAAGCCAGUGCAGAAGUUUGAUGGCAGCCCUGGGGAGAAUUACUCAGGUGGAGGCCAGCAGCACCCUGGUGCAGCAGAGCAGACGGUCAUCGCACAGAGUCAGCACCACCAGCAGUUCCUGGAUGCAUCGCGGGCGCUCCCUGACUUUGUGGAGCUGGACCUGGGACAGAGCAAUACAGAGAACAUCAGCCCUGAUGAUGUGAAAGCUCUCCAGGUCCUUUACAGAGAGCACUGUGAGGCUAUCUUGGACGUGGUCGUCAACCUCCAGUUCAGCCUUAUCGAGAAGCUGUGGCAGACAUUCUGGCGUUACACUCCCUCUGAGACUGUAGAGGGCGCUACUGUGACAGAGAACAGCAGCAUAAGUGAGAUUGAAGCGCGGCUCCCCCGGUCACAGCUCCUGGCGCUGUGCAGAAACGAGGCCGUACUCAAGUGGAUGAGCACCUGUGACCACUUAAUGUACCAGGCCCUUGUGGAGAUCCUUAUUCCUGAUGUCCUGAGACCUAUUCCCAGUGCCUUGACUCAAGCCAUUCGUAACUUUGCCAAAAGCCUGGAAGGUUGGCUAAAUAAUGCCAUGAAUGCCAUUCCACAGAGAAUGAUCCAGACCAAGAUUGCUGCUGUUAGUGCCUUUGCGCAAACAUUGCGCCGAUAUACAUCUUUGAACCACCUGGCUCAGGCGGCACGUGCCGUGUUGCAAAACACAUCGCAGAUCAACCAGAUGCUGAGUGAUCUCAACCGUGUCGACUUCGCCAACGUACAGGAGCAGGCAUCAUGGGUGUGCCAGUGCGAGGAGGGAGUGGUUCAGCACUUGGAGCAGGACUUCAAGGCUACACUACAGCAGCAAAGCUCUCUGGAGCAGUGGGCGGCCUGGCUGGACAACGUGGUCACUCAGGUGCUCAAACCCUACGAGCACCGACCCAGCUUCCCCAGGGCAGCCCGGCAGUUCCUGCUGAAAUGGUCCUUCUACAGCUCCAUGGUGAUCAGAGACCUGACCCUUCGCAGUGCUGCCAGCUUCGGUUCUUUCCACCUGAUACGCCUGCUGUACGACGAGUACAUGUUUUACCUGGUCGAACAUCGUGUGGCUCAAGCGACAGGAGAGACGCCCAUUGGUGUCAUGGGGGAGUUUGACAGCCUCAACACCCUGUCCCUUGCUAACAUUGAAAAAGAUGAGACCAGCGGAAUGGACAGUGACUUGGAAGAGGACACAGAGGAGUCCGGGGAGCCGCUCGCCAAGCGCGAGAAGUCCGAGCACGAGGUAAUCCAGGUGAUCCAGGUGGGGGCGCUGGAGGACGGGUCCCACCCCGUGGUGGGCGUCGUCCAGCCGGGGGUGCUCCACUCGCUGCCCCAGCCCCCGCAGGACCACAGCGAGCACAUCCUCACCCCCGCCGCCGGCACCCCCACCAUCCGUCACUGCAGCACCACGGGCAACACCUACGCCUCCGUUUGAGAGCCCCGAGCUCGCCCCCCCUCCCCCGUCUCCACCCUCCCCCUCUCCACAUAUCUCUCUCUCUCUCUCUCUCUGUAAGUCUCGACGUGUGCGUCUCUCUCAUGCAUUGUCUCUGUUUUGCACUGGUGUGGACGUGCUGUCCCCUCCCCGUCCAGCCGGGUCGGCGGAGGAGCGACAGAGCGACGAUCCUCUGCUCAAGACGUGCUGUCCUUGUCUGACUGCUUAAAUUCCGGAUGUGUUGUCAUCCUGUAAGUCUGUGUUCUUAAAUUGAAGUGGCAGCUGGUGGAAGAGACCUGGAGGAAAAAAAGGACUAAUUUGACCCGCUAGAUGUUUACCAUUUAGGAAAGGCACAUCAACGGCUGUCUGCUACUUACAGACGGGAGUUUUUUUUUUUUUUUUUUUUUCCUGGAAGGAAUAUCAAACUUUUUUCAAACUACUGAUGUCUCAGAGCUCAAAUCCAUGUCACUAGUCCCAGUGGAGCAAAGGCAUUGAUCAACUCAAGACCACCUGUUGUACAUAGUUUGGCUGUCCUUUAAUUGGUAUGACACAAAACUCACGGUGCUAUCAUGCUGUUUAGAUUUGAUUUUACUCCGAAUUAUGUCGCCAUGCAUUCCAACUGCUGACACACUUUAGUUUGAACUUUUCCCGAGUAUUGCAUGUAACUGGAAAUCAAAGGGAUAUCUUCUUUUUUUUUUUGUUUGUUUGUUUCAGUAUGAUGUUUUGGUAAAGAUCAUUAUCUGUACUGUUGAAGGAUUAUUCAGUAGCCACCUGCUGUAAAGAACAUAUAGCUUUUAGCCACAGGGAAAAAAAAGAAAAUCCCCCCUAAAGAAAUGUGUGUGCUGCUACUCUUGUGUACAGGAAGGAGAUUCUGAAGAAAGGCUCUUUAAAAAGA